AUGAUUUUAAAAAGGAAAAACCCACAACAGAAAUCCAAAAUCCCUAACCCCCCAAAUCAGAUCAAUUCUAGUCAGAUCCUCUCUUGCAAAUUUCUUACUAUGAAAAUUCGUACGCUGAAGCUACGUGAAGCUCACAAGUCUUCCACCAGUAAUGCCACCCAGCCUUCCUUCUGCUCCAUCUUGUGGGACCAAAAGGCCACCCACCUGGUCACCGCCUCCUCCUCUGACCCAGCCAUCUGUAUCCACGAUUCUCUCCUCCUUUCAGAUGUACCCAGGAUUCUCCGACAUCACCGUGACGGCGUUACUGCUCUCGCCCUCAGCCCCAACUCCACCUGCCUCGCUUCCGGAUCUAUUGAUCAUUCCGUCAAGCUCUACAAGUUUCCCGGUGGGGAGUUUGAGACUAAUAUUACCAGAUUCACACUGCCAAUACGUGCACUUGCAUUUAAUAAGUCAGGGAGCAUGCUAGCUGCUGCUGGUGAUGAUGAAGGCAUUAAACUCAUUAAUACAAUUGAUGGUUCAAUUGCAAGGGUUCUGAAAGGACAUAAAGGACCUGUUACUGGCUUGGGUUUUGACCCUAAUGGUGAAUACUUGGCAUCUGCUGAUUCAACUGGGACAGUCAUAUUCUGGGAACUACAGUCUGGGGGAAUGUUGCAUACCCUUAAAGGCAUUGCUCCUAAUACUGUUUCAGAUACUUCCUUCAUGAAUAUAGUUAGCUGGAGCCCUGAUGGGGAGACUUUAGCAGUCCCUGGUUUGAGAAAUGAUGUGGUGAUGUAUGAUAGAGAUACAGCUGAAAAGCUAUUCUCAUUGAGGGGUGAUCAUGUGCAACCUAUAUGUUUCUUGUCUUGGUCACCUAAUGGCAAGUACAUGGCUACUUCAGGUUUAGAUAGGCAAGUUCUGAUAUGGGAUGUUGAUAAGAAGCAGGACAUUGACAGGCAGAAGUUUGAUGAUAGAAUAUGUUGUAUGGCAUGGAAGCCAAUUGGUAAUGCAUUGGCUGUUAUUGAUGUUAUGGGAAAGUAUGGUGUGUGGGAAUCAGUUGUUCCUCCUUCAAUGAAAUCACCAACUGAAGAUAUUCCAAGUUUGCUGUCAAAGAACAAUAACGGGCUCCUUUUGUUUGAAGAGGAGGAUGAGGAGGAACCCAGUGUAUCUGGUAGUUUAAGUGAUAUUGGGGAAGACAGUCUUGGAGAAUCUGAACUGCCAAGCAGGAAAAGAUUGCGGAAACAAUCUGAAGUUAAUGAGGAACAAGAGGAAGACAUCAAUGAUGAGUUUAACUGGUAUCCAAAGGCUGAACCCAGAAAAAAGGUGCAUUGUGCUGGGAAGGAAAAUAAGGAUAAGGGAAAAGAGGGGCAAAGAAUCACAGUGACAUCUGCUAGGCCAAAAAUGCAGGACGCUUUUCAGCCUGGGGGGACUCCUGUGCAGCCUGGGAAGAGGCGCUUUUUGUGCUACAAUAUGCUUGGAACUAUAACUACAAUAGAACAUGAUGGAUACUCCCAUAUAGAGAUCGAUUUCCAUGAUACUAGCAGAGGUCCGCGAGUUCCUUCAAUGACUGACUACUUUGGUUUCACAAUGGCUUCACUUAAUGAGAAUGGAAGUGUUUUUGCAAAUCCUUGCAAGGGUGAGAAAAACAUGAGUACUCUCAUGUAUCGCCCAUUUGGUAGCUGGGCAAACAACAGUGAGUGGUCUAUGCGAUUUGAAGGGGAAGAAGUGAAGGUUGUGGCACUUGGCACUGCUUGGGUUGCUGCAGUUACUAGCCUUAAUUUUCUGCGUAUCUACACAGAGGGUGGUUUGCAGAGGCAUAUUCUGUCCCUUGAUGGCCCAGUAGUGACUGCAUCAGGCUUCAAAAAUCAACUUGCAGUUGUCACUCAUGUUUCUGAUUGUCUUCCCUCAAGUGAUCAGAUGCUAGAAUUCAGAGUAUUUGACAUAUCCAAUGGGACCCAACCAUUUAGAGGACGUCUGCCAUUAAGUCCAGGUUCGCAUCUAACAUGGUUUGGGUUUAGUGAAGAAGGCCAAUUAAGUUCAUAUGAUUCUAAGGGUGUCUUGAGGGUUUUCACAAGUCAAUAUGGUGGCAGUUGGCUCCCACUCUUCAGUGCUGCUAAAGAAAAGAAGUCUAAUGAAAACUACUGGAUGGUUGGACUGAAUGCCAGCAAAUUGUUUUGUGUUGUUUGUAAUAGUCCUGACUUGUUUCCACAGGUGAUGCCCAAACCAGUGCUUACACUGCUGAAUUUUUCAUUUCCUCUUGCUUCUUCUGAUCUGGGAGCUGAUGUCCUUGAAAAUGAGUUCAUCCUCAAUAACAUGCAUCUCUCUCAGAUACAGAGAAGAAUGGAAGAAAUGGCAGGAUCUGGUUUGGAUACUAAUGCACUUGAUGAUGAGUCUUUCAAUAUGGAAGCAGCUCAGGAUAGAUGUAUCCUCAGGCUGAUUGCAUCCUGCUGUAAUGGCGACAAGCUUGUAAGAGCUACUGAACUCGUGAAGCUUUUAUCCCUGGAAAAAUCAGUGAAAGGAGCAAUAAAGCUUGUUACUGCAUUGAAGCUUCCUAAUUUGGCAGAGCGUUUCAACAGCAUAUUGGAGGAAAGAUUGCUGAAUGAGUCUAAGGAGACCCUAAAUCGCUCCCAGCUAAACUCAAGCAGUGUUGUGGCUACGAGGGCUGAUGUUAAUGGAAGCAAGACCUUUUAUUCAUCAGGAAAAAGCGAAACUCUGGAACCUGGUAUUCCGUCGUCGUCACCACAACUGUCAGCUCCUCUGUUUACCAAGAAAGUGAAUAAACGUGAUGAAACGGAAAAAUCUGAUCCGAAACAAACUGCACACCAGGAAACGGAGUUGGAUGUAGGGAAUACUGAGAAGUUAAAGAAUGGUGGAAAUAUGAACAGCUUGGGACAGGUGAAGAUUGCAGAAGUUUCAAAAGUACAAUCUCAACGCCCCUAUAAUCCAUUUGUAAAGUCAGCAAACAAUCAAAAAACUGAGAAGAAAGAAAAUGUAAAUCAGGUAAACAGUCAGCGCCCUGCUAAUCCAUUUAAAAAGCCGCAAAACUGAGUCCUCAGUCCUCUGGGGUUUGAAGGGAACAACAAUGAAUGCCAUAGCCCAAGGAAUGCUGGGAUUACUCGUCCAAGCUGACUACUAAAAUGCCUCAUUUUCGUUGGCUGAGUAACAUGUUGCACAUCACUCAGGGACACAGAAAGCAAGCCAUAGUUUCUGUUUUAUAUACCAGAAAAAGAUUUUUUUUUUUUUUUCCCCUUUUAGUUUAGUAUGUUUUUUUAUUGUCAUUUUUUAAAAAUGUUCCUUACACUUGUAUAUAUUUGUGAUUUUUUUAAUGUAA